AUGGCUGUCAUCCUGGUAUCAAACAACUGGCACUCUCUUCUCCUCCUCGACGCCGUUAAAGAUGAUCCAAGUCGCGUCCCACCCUCCAUCCUUCACAUGCACGCUCACGGGCACCCGAUGAUGUCCCACUCGUCUCCCAGCGUCCAACUUCCCCGCACAUUGGCUCGUCCACCCUUCGCUGAGGUGUCUCGGGACGCUAUCCUGGCUGCCGCUCCCGAACUGGGCAACGUCCCAGUUGAAUAUAUUCGACGAUGUCUCCGACCCAAGGCUAAUGAAAUGCUUUCUGGGAUUUCGAGCCUACCAAGGUCCCAACUGCCGACUUCUAUUCCUCGUUCUCAGCUUCCUACCUCGAUAUCCGUAGCUGUUCAGCCACACCACGCUCAUCCUACACAUGUUCUUGCCGUUUCUUCUUCAAAAUCUCCAUCCGGAAACGAAACACUCGCCAUCUUCCCCGUGCACUCCAUCGUACUUGCAUCCCAUUGCGCUUCCUUGCCAAGACUCCCCUCGUCGUCGAACGCAGGGUCCACGGUUAACCUUCCUGUACUUCCUCUCGCCCUCCCUUCCCCGGCAGCGUUCUCCAUCUUGCACCAGUUCAUGUAUCAUCAUCGAUUGCACUCGGUUCUCGAAGCACUCUUCCCUCUCCCAUCAGCGUUCUUACACAACCUCUCGCACCAUACCGUUCAAUCGACGCUGGCCUCGGGAACCCUCCUUCACCAACUCUCCACCUACCUCUGCUCCUCGGCCUCCUCUAACCUCACAACCCUGACAACGCAUGCGGCACGCGUCAAGGAGCUCUGGCAGGAUAUGGUCGCCCUCGGCCUCCACGACACAGAGCUUUGGGAUACAGUCGACCUCGCCUGGGAAGUCGUCCUCGGAGCCCUCAACCUUGCCGCCGCUCAGCGAUGAUCAAGGGUACCAUGACUUGAAACUCGAACCGAACGUGACCA